AUGGAGAGGCUGACACGGUUCUAUAACGUUCUGUAUCUUCUGUUUCUCUUGGCGUUGCAGAUUGCUUGUUCUUCGUCACAAUUGUGCUCUGAAGAUCAGUAUCUUCCCUUGCUUCAAUUCAAAAACAGCUUUUCAAAAAGUAGAAUGGCUUCAUCAGCUUGUGAUGAAUCUCAUGGCACGGUUUCUUAUCGGAAGACUAGUACUUGGAAGCGAGGCACGGAUUGCUGCUCGUGGAAUGGAUCGCCUGACGGGGGAAGUGAUCGGCCUGGACCUCAGUUGCAGCAGAUAUUACCAAACAAUAGCCUCUUCUCACUUCACCAUCUCAAGAAGCUUAAUCUUGCUUACAAUGAUGUCAACAUGUCCUGGAUCUCAUCCGAGUUUGGUAUGCUAACUAAAUUGACUCAUCUCAACCUCUCUAGCUCUGUGUUCGAUGGGAAAAUCCCAUCUGAAAUUUCAUACCUUUUGGGGUUGGUUUCGCUGGAUGUCUCUUACAACUAUAGAUUAUCCAUUGAACCACCAAGCCUAAUAAGCAUUGUUGGAAAUCUAACAGUGUCAAGAGAACUAGUUCUUGACUCUGUGAACAUGUCUUCUGUUCCUCCUAGUUCCUUCACAAACCUGUCGUCCUCCUUGACAUUACUUGGUCUUGGGUCCUGUGGAUUACAAGGGGAUUUUCCAGGGGAAGUGUUCCAGUUACCAUAUUUGGAGAAACUAAGGGCAACUACCGAUUCGGUGUGCGAGCUCAAGUCCUUGAAGACUCUGCCACUCUCCAGAUGCAAAUUUACAGGGCCAAUUCCAUUAUGUUUUGGUAACCUCACACAAAUUACUUCCUUGGACUUUUCAAUCAAUAGCUUUGAUCGCGAAAUCCCACCAUCAUUUUCAAAGUUGGAGACGCUCAUUCUCUUGGACAUUUCAUCAAACACCUUCAGCGUUCAGAUCCCAGAAUCAUUUUCAAACUUUCAUCAGCUUAUUCACUUGAAUCUUGUAUCAAACAACUUCACCGGCCAAAUCCCCAACAUAUUUGGCAAUCUAACCCAGAUUUCUUACCUAGACUUAUCGCUUAAUCGACUGACGGGAUCAAUUCCUUCUCAAGUAAUUGGUCUUUCAAAUCUCACUUCUUUCUCAAUGUCUGCUAACAAAUUCGAUGGCACCAUACCAUCUUGGUUGUUCAAUCAUCCAUCUCUGGUGCACCUAGACUUAAGUAGCAAUAUGCUUACUGGUAGCAUUGGCGAAUUCUGCAGUAAAUCGUAUGAUUUUAUCAGUUUAGGUGACAAUAAACUAAGUGGGUCAAUUCCUAGCUCAAUCUUUGAACGAGAAAAUCUUACAGAGCUCCAUCUUUAUUCAAAUAACUUGUCUGGCUCUCUUGAUCUUGACUUAUUUGCAAAGCUGAAGCAAUGGCAGCUACAAGCACUCUCUUUCUGCACCAUGACCAAAUUCCCAAAAUUCUUGAGAGCAGCAGAGAACAUGAUAGAGCUUCACCUUUCUGAAAACAACAUUCAAGGUCCGAUACCCGAAUGGGCCAUGAAGAUGUGUAAGGAUUCACUCCAAGUUCUGAACUUGGGUCACAAUUCUUUGACACAUAUAGAGAAAAUUCCAUGGAGAAAACUUGACCUCCUCAAUCUUCAAUCCAACUUGCUUCAAGGGCAUCUUCCAGUCCCUCCACCGUCCACCACAUUCUUUUCGGUGGCGAAUAAUCAGUUGACCGGAAAAAUCCAAAUCGCAGAUUUGUGA